UUUUUUUCUGAGUCGCCCGUUCUCUCCGGCGCGGGCCGAGCGGGCCGAUCGAGGGGAGCGGGGCGGGCGCCCGGUUGCCGGCCAGCGCGGGGCGCCAUGGCUUAUCCCCCCGGCUAUGGGGGGCCAGGUUCCAAGCACAGGGCCAGGAUCCCUCCUGUGCCACAAGCCACAGAUGCCCCCCAGCUCUUUGACGACACCAGCUCGGGCUACGGGCCACCCCAAGCAGGUUACGCCACUCCAGGGAUCGACAUGAGCUUCAACCAGAUUUUUGCUGACCCGGUUGCUAACGUUGCCAUGGCCUACGGCACCACCAUUGCCUCCCAGGGAAAAGAUAUCGUCCAUAAAGAGAUUCACAGAUUUGUUUCUAUCAACAAACUUAAAUACUUCUUUGCGGUGGACACCAGCUACGUGAUGAAGAAGUUAGCCCUGUUACUGUUUCCUUAUGUGCAUCAGAAUUGGGAAGUCCGCUACCACCGCGACAUUCCCCUGACUCCCCGCCAGGACAUCAACGCACCCGAUCUCUAUAUUCCCAGUAUGGCCUUCAUUACUUAUAUUUUGCUUGCUGGCAUGGCACUUGGGAUACAGAAAAGGUUUUCUCCUGAGGUGCUUGGGAUGUGCGCCAGCACAGCCUUCGUAUGGAUGGUGAUUGAAGUCCUUGCCCUUCUUCUGGGUCUGUAUCUUGUUACAGUCCAAAGCGAUCUGGGCACAUUCGACCUUCUGGCUUACUGUGGCUAUAAAUAUGUUGGGAUGAUCCUCACUGUGGUUGGUGGCUUGAUUUUUGGGAUCAACGGCUACUACGCCGCACUGGCGUGGGCCUCCUGUUCUCUUAUGUAUUUCAUGGUUCGUUCCUUACGGAUGAAGAUCCUCACCUCAGUUGUGCAAGAGGGGCUGAGCCGGAUGAGCGGGCGGGCCCAGAUGUACAUCACCCUGGGCGCCGCGGCCUUCCAGCCCUUAAUUUUAUACUGGUUGACGGCCCAGUUGGUACAUUAAGCGGGGCAGGAGGAGGCAAGACCCAGCAGAGACUGUGGGGCGCGCCCUCCUUUUUCGGUUCACCCCAAAUUUCACCAACCCUCGCUCUGUCUCUUCUCCCCCCCUCUAAUAACUAGAGCAUGGAGGACAAGCAGGGUUCAAUCCCCUUGAAGAAUGAAGCUAAAGGCAGCGGGCCAUUCGCACCCGCAUCUUCCAUCCGGGAGCGGAGGGGAGAGGCCAGCUGUCCAAGUUGACGUUUGUCCACCACUCCAAAUUCUAUGCCCCCUUUUUUAAAAAAGGGGGUAAACCAGGGGCCGCGGUUCUUCCAGCUUCUUUUACUUGUAGAGACAGUUCUACUGUGCAGAAUAAGAGAUCCUCUGGGUUGGGCGGGGUUUGAUAAUUUCUAGAGCAAAAAUGGCUUUUUUCUUCCUCCUCCCUCCGCUGGCAGUCUUCCUCUCCUGGGUCAGCAGGAUCUUGCGUCUAGAACAAAUCUAGGUUUGUUGGGAGUAGUAAUUCUUCACAGCCCAUUAUGCUGCAUCGUCGACGUCUGGUAGACCCUCCCCACCCUCACACCCAGCGCUGUUCCAGCGGGACAGCCCAAGUUGGCAAGGAUGGGUAGAUAGAGAAGGGAAAAAAAAGAUCUUUUAAAAUCUGAAGUGUUGAGUUUGGCUCUACCCUCCCGUAGGGGGGAGGAGGAACAGAAUCCGUUUUCGAUUUUCUACUGUCGGUUCGUUCGUGGAUUUUUUUCUUCUUCUUGCAAGCAUGAUAAAACUUGAUAAAACUCU